AUGAGUAGAAAUAAUGGCUUUAACAUGAUUUAUAUACCAGGAUUUAGAUGCCUUGUAGAAAUCAUCAAGGGCUUUAAACGUCGCAAAUUAACACUGUUCUCAAAAUUUAGCUUCCUCAACUUGGUUGUAGUCGAAGUUAAAUUUGUUUAUUCAAUUGACCCUGCUUCAUUUGUACCCAAUGUAUAUCAACAACAGUCUGCUCAGGUUCAAAUGGAGCCAUAUAAGGAACAGCAACAGCAACAGCAGCAAAUGCCACAUUCUUCCUCUUCUGCUUUGUCAAACUGUGUUGUAUUCAUGCUAAACACAGUUGUUAAAACUUUAGAUUGUAUUGGAUUGGCAGGACAACUUGAAUGGUUCUAUCAACAACAAAUUGAGGAAAUACACAAUCUAGAUUUGUUGAAAAAUCAAAUAGCAACUAAAGGCUCCUCUGGUAGUAGUACUUUUGCUGAUGUUACCACCUCUCAAGGUGCCUUUGUAAAUGUUCCUGAUGAUUUGAAUAGGAAAGAUGCUAUAGUACAAACAGACAUGCUAGCAUCAACGAAUAUAAAUAACCAGAGUGUCGUUAGUUCUCUUCCUCUUCCAACGCUAAUUGAAGAUACAGAUACCUCUGUAAAUGAUGAUUCCUCUGGUAGUAGCAUGAUCACUUACUCUGAAAAUAGGACCCAAGAUGGAGGUAUUCCUGUAGUUGUUGAAGGCUUAAAUGAUAAUGCUAUCUCAAUUAUGCCUCGUGUCAGCUUAGAUAUGGAUAGGCUCUUUAAUUCCAGGAUAGCUCCAGAGCAUAGUUCGGAAUUGCUACAUGUACUACUUGAAUCUGAAGUUGCUAAAGAACUAAAUAGUAGUACACAGCAACCCAUUGUAGACUUACAGCUACCUACUACUACUACUACUACUACUACAUUUAAUCAGCCGCCUUCAUAUCCUCAACGAUCCACCAACACUAGCCAUCCUCUCAUUGUUCAACGUUCUACUAAUCUUUCGCAAGAAGAAAUCAUUUAUAUUAAAUUAACCUCCUCAUUUGUAUCAGAACCCGAACAAGAUGAUGAUGAUUGCGUGGACCUUGAACGAAUGGGUCAUGAAAUAUUCAAUAUGAUUCAAAAUGAAGCCUCUUCUGGGCCGUUCACGAGAACACCACAGACAAGGGUAGAGUCUGCAGUACCCUAUGAUAGACAAAAUGAAAUAAUUGAUCUUGAAGCUCAACAAGUAGUUGUAUUGCUUCAAUCACAGGAACAACAACAACAACAGCAAUCCUAUUUAAAUCCUUUAGGUCAACCACCUUCAGCAAAUUAUAUCGUCAUACCAAUGGCUCCUGUUUUAACAGCUCCUCCUGGUCUACUAGUACCACAAGCCUAUUAUCAGGGAUAUCCAGACUAUUGUCAGCAGCUUACUCAUAUAUAUCCUAUAAAUAUCAAUCCUUAUUAUAGUAAUCUCAAUCAAAAUGCUUUUAAUUAUAUGCCCAAUGGUGCAAACAAUUUAUUCAACAAUUCAUCUUAUCACUCUACUCUAGAUAAUUUUACACUAGCGCUUGUAAGAUACAUUAAAUUAAUGCUACAAGGUUAUAGAGCAGAGACGUGUGUCCACAUGCUUUGUCCAAAGCAACAUUAUACAUUUGGUAAAAAUCCUAUUGCAUCUGGUCUUAAUGGUGGCAUUUAUCCUGUCGCAAGCCUUCAAGACCCGAAUUACUUUAAUUUCGUUAUAAAACGAAUGCUCUAUCGUAAACAGAAUAGAGUAAACGGUGAUAUCGACAAUAUCGGUUCAUAUGGUUUAAACAUGAUCUAUAACGAAAUUUGCAUUCUUGGUACUUCUAACCAUCCUAACUUGCUUCAGUUGGUUGAUAUCUACAUUUAUAAUAAUUCUAUUCAAAUUGUUAUGCCUCGUAUGUUAUGUGAUUUGAAUGAUAUGCUCACGGGUGGUGAUGUAGACGAUUUAAUGAAUGAAGAUUUGGUUAUUUUUAUUGUUCUCAAAGUAAUCAAGGGCUUGUGUUAUAUUUAUGAUUUAUAUGGGUCUUUUCACGGUGAUCUUAAAACUGAAAAUAUUUUUAUUUCCAGAUGGGGUGAAAUCAAAGUUGCUGAUUUUGGUUUUGUAACUCGAGUAGGAAAUGAGAUUCAAGGACAUUUCGGUACUAUGAAAGCAAUGGCUCCUGAAGUUGCUGAUCCACAUAAAACAUUUAAUGAAAGUGCUGAUAUCUGGGCUAUUGGUAUUCUUAUCAUUGAGCUCCUUGAUCGUGGUCAUCCUACAGCUGAAAUUGAAACUAGAACCAUGCUGGCUAAUUCAGGUAAUGCUUUUGAGUUACUAGCUUGUAGAACAUCAUCACCCAAAUCAGAAAGAGAUGAGUUAAUAGAUCCUGAAUUCAGAGAUAUAAUAAGAUCUACUUUGGAUUUAGAUCCCAAUAGACGACCUAAAAUUCAUGAAUUAGAAGAGUCUAUGACCAGGCUUUUUGAGAGAAAAGCUACAAUGAACGAUGCUGAUUAUCAGAAAUCUCUAUACACAUACGCUAGACGCCAUACAGAAUAA